AAAUCCUGCAAAGUGAAUUUAAAGAGGCGAAACGGCGCACACCGGAGACUAGUUUGAUGCAAUGGUUUUAAAAACAUGAUCAUUGGCGUUAUUUGCAUUUUAAGGGCAAAUUAUUUUUAAGUACAGGGGUCAAGCUGUACACGCCUCCCUCCCCAGCUGUGUAUUGUCUUUAACCUUGCAGGGGAACUGACCCUGGAGAGCAGUGGGAGACAACUAAUGGAAGGGAGUGAAUGCAACUCUGGCAUGGACCCGCGGGUCACUGCAAAACCGACUUUCAACCCCAGUGAACAUCAGCAUAUCCGCUACAACCCUCUCCGUGACGAGUGGGUUCUGGUCUCUGCACACCGGAUGAAACGUCCUUGGAGCGGGCAGGUUGAGAAACCGGCAGAGGUGAACAUUUGAGGUUCUAGUUUUGAUUAUUUGAAAGAUGCCUGUCCUGGAACAUCUGUACACUGUUUCUUGUUUCAUUUUGCAAAGGUGAACCCUGUGUAUGACAGCACGUAUGUUUUUGAUAAUGACUUCCCGAGUCUUCAACCAGAUGCUCCAGACCCAGGUAUUGGUGAGCAUCCACUGUUUCAAGCAAAAGCUGCCAAAGGAAUUUGCAAAGUCAUGUGCUUCCAUCCUCGCUCUGACAUCACCUUGCCAUUGAUGUCCAUUUCAGAAAUUACAACCGUGAUUGAUAAAUGGGUGGAACUCAUGAAAGAACUGGGACCAGUGUAUCAAUGGGUGCAGAUUUUUGAAAACAAAGGUGCUAUGAUGGGAUGUUCAAACCCACAUCCACACUGCCAGGUGUGGGCUAGUAAUUAUCUUCCAAAUGAACCAAGAAUAGCUGAUCGGACACAACAAGACUAUUACAGCAGCCACGGAGUGCCGAUGCUAGUGGAAUAUGCAAAGUUAGAGUCUCAAAAAAAGGAACGAAUAGUGGUUGAAAACGAAGAGUGGUUGGUCAUCGUGCCACAUUGGGCAACUUGGCCUUUUCAGACUUUACUUCUUCCAAAAAGACACGUCCUUCGUUUACAAGACUUGUCUGAUGAAGAAAGGGAAAGCCUCGCUUCGAUUAUGAAAAGACUCCUGACAAAAUAUGACAAUCUAUUUGAAGUCUCUUUUCCCUACUCUAUGGGAUGGCAUGGAGCCCCCACGGGGCAGUCAUUGCUUGAUGACAACCGUCAUUGGCAGCUUCAUGCACACUACUACCCACCAUUGUUACGCUCUGCAACAAUUAGAAAAUUCAUGGUGGGCUACGAGUUGCUCGCUCAGGCCCAAAGAGAUCUGACACCCGAACAGGCUGCUGAACGACUGCGGAAUCUACCUGAAGUUCACUACAAGCAGAAGCAGACAGAAUAAUGAACAGACCUCAUGAACGAAUGGAUUAAUUCUUAAAAACCAUGCAACCUCAUAUUUUGAUGUUUAAAUUGAUUAUGGCAAUACAAUUUUGGGGAACUUUUUAUGGAUAAGCAUCAAAAUAAAACAUUAAAUUUCACAAA